AUGUCCUCCAUCCCGUUCACCGGACUGUUCAUCGACGGCGAAUGGCGCCCCGCCAGCACUGGCGCCACGUUCGGCGUGCUCAAUCCGGCCACAGGGAAGGCCAUCGGCACCUCAGCAUCCGCGUCGGCAGACGACUGUGUGGCAGCGAUAGAGGCCGCCGCGCGUGCGUUCAAGACAUGGGAGCACUCCCCCCUCCCCGUCCGACGCGACGUCUUCCUCCGGGCGGCCGAGCUGCUCGCCACAGGGAAGUACAAGGCCAAAGUCGCGGCGGCGACCAAGGAGGAACUUGCUGCCUCGGCCGACAUGUUCUGGAUGAACCACACCGUGCAGAUCAAUCACCUGCGCAAUUUCGCCGGGGCGAUACAGCUGCUGAAGGGCGAGACUUUCCCAUCCGUGGUCCCCGGUGGCCAAGUGUUUGCGCAGAGGAGGGCACUAGGGGUGAUCUUCGGCAUAGCGCCGUGGAACGCUCCCACCGGGCUAUGCAUCCGAGCUAUAGCUAUCCCCCUGAUCUGCGGUAACACCGUCGUCCUGAAGUCUUCGGAAGAGUGUCCACGAACCCAUGCUGUCAUCGUCGAGCUGUUCGAGGAGGCAGGAUUGCCUAAAGGCGUCCUGAACUUCAUCUCCGUGUCCAAAGAGGACGUCUCCGCCCGCGUAUCCCAGAUCAUCGCCCACCCUUCAGUCCGCAAGAUUAAUUUCACAGGAAGCGACCGCGUAGGGUCGAUCAUUGCCGCGGAAGCUGCGAGGCACCUCAAGCAGUGCGUCCUGGAGCUCGGCGGAAAAGCUCCUGUCAUCGUACUCGACGAUGCCGACGUCCGGCGGGCAGCACGGGCGAUCACGUCCUCCGCCCUCCUUCAAUCGGGACAGAUCUGUAUGUCAACGGAGCGGGUCAUCAUUCAAAGAGCGGUCGCCCCCGCCCUCGUCGAGGAACUCACGGCUCUCUUCAGGAAAGGCAAAGCCGGAGACCCUGGCACGGAGCCCUCGGCGAACCUAGGCCCGCUCUUCACGGAGGGCGCCGCCGAGAAUGUCCUGGCUAUGAUCCAGGAGGCCGUGACCCAGGGCGCGCAAGUCAUCCUCGGAGACCUCGUCCGGCAGGGGGCAUACGUUCAGCCGCACAUCGUGAUGAAUGCUAGACCGGGGAUGAGGCUAUGGGAGCGAGAGAGUUUCGGACCAGUUGUGGCAGUGGCAGUCGUUGACACCGUCGAUGAGGCAGUGGACUUGGCCAAUGCUUGCGACUAUUCAAUGACUUCCGCAGUAUGGACCAAAGACGUAUACAGGGCGUUCGAUGUCGCUGGAAGAAUCCAUACUACUUGCGCCAACAUCAACGGUCCCACUAUACACGUCGAGUUCAUGCGAGAUUUGGGCGGUCUCGGGUAA